GCCCUCCUCCUGCUCCUCUCAAUAAACCUCAAGCAUUGAUGCUGUUACCUAGUUGGGUAAUAAAAUGUCUGCAAGAAAACAACCUAGAGCACCAAGGAGGCCUCAUUUCAACCCUGACCUACAAAUGUUCUUUAUUCUUCCAAAUAGAGUGAGUUUUAUUUAUGUCUUCCUUCUUCUGCUCCAUUUUCUUCUUUAUUUUUUCAUAGGUCAAUACAUUAAAUUUAUUGAGAGAGGGGAAGACCUUCUUAUUCCUCCUGGAGAAACUUCUGAGGCCUUUGAGGAACUGUUGACCUUUCCGUGUCUCGAGAUAAGCUCCUCCGCUAAGUCUUUUUCCAAAUCCUUUCCAAGUCCUUUCCAAAUCCUUUCCAGGUCCUGCAGAAGAAACCUUAAAGAGAAGGUCUUCAAAAUGUCCACCAAGACAGACGAGCUCAACGCAUGGGUGGAAACGACCAAACCAAGGACAGACUCUGUCGGAGUCCACGUUGGGUUUGACGCUGUUAAACCAGACCGUCUUCUCUCCGUGGAUGACCAAGUCUUCCGUGGUCAGGAAGCAAAGUUGGAGAAGAUGUCCGAGCCAAACGGUUCUGCUUUUGGAGAACUGGUUGAAGACCUGAGCCUGGUGGAUCAGGAGGCACCUGCUCAGGUGCAGGAAGAAAGGAAGACUAAAGCCCCAAAAUCCUCUGGAGAAGGAAUGAACCUGGCUCCAUCAGGGGUCACUUGCCCAACUCAGGAGGAGGAAAACGAAGGCUCCCAGGGCCCGGAGGUCACACUUGGCUAUGCCUCUCCCGUGGACGUCCUGCUGUCCACGGUGGGUAGCCUGAAGACCUGCGAGAAGACCCUCCUGAAUGCAACUGCAGUGAAGCUCACCGUGAUUUUGCACGAACAGAAAACUGAUUUGAAGGACAAGGUCUCGGAAAUAGUGGAACAGCUGUAUUGGGAGAUCAGCAGUAUCCCCGUGGGCAGAGCUCGGAGGGCAGCGUUGAACGUUGUGACUUCUCUAGCAGAGGUGUCACCUGAAGACGUGGUCUCCAGCCUCUUGAAACACUCCCUGCCCUGCAACAGCACGGCCUCCGAAAUGUGGAAAAGUCUUUGCACGGUCCCGGAGACGAACACCAAAGUCAUGUGGUAUUUGCUCCGAGAGUUGAAACGGAGAGCCAGCCUGCCCGAGCACAGCUGCAGCGCCGGAGAUGGCACCGGUUACGAGGAGUGGCUGGCUCCUUUGGCAGCUAUGAGAGCGCUGGGCGAAAUGUUGAAACUCUUCACCUGCACAGGAGCCAUCCAUGGUUUCUACCCCACCCUCUUCCUGGCUAUCCUGACCCAGAUCCACUUCCUGGUGCAGCUUCCAGGCUACGGGCAGGAGGAGGAGGAGGAGGAGGAGGAGGAAGAGGAGGAGAAGGAGGAAGGCUGGAUGCAGCAAGCAGCUGGCUCCAGUGGCAGGGCUAACGGCCAUCCCCCUGUCCACUGCAAAUAUGUGGUCGCUGAACAUGUGAGGUUCGCAGUGGAUACGCUGAGGACCCUGAUGCUCCGAGACCACAACUACAAGGUCCUGCUAGGCAUGGAGAUGAACAAGGGUUGGAGUCUCCUCUCCAGCAAGGAGGAACACCUGAGAGGCGUGGUCCUCCUCGCUCGAAUCCUGGCGACCGUCACAAACCAUCAUUUGUUGGGGCUGCUGGCAGAGGUCAUCCCGCGACUGGAUGCCCAGGAGGAAGAAAGGGCUUUGACAGCGAGAGCGCUCUUUGCGGGGUUUCUUUGCAGCAAGGUUUCCAUCCGGCUGGUCCCCAAGAGGAGAGUCCUGGCCAAGCUGGAGCAGUGGCAGGCAGACCCCCAACCGGUGGUCCGUUGGCUCAGCUUCCAGGGAUUGGAAAACCUGGCGCUGCAGAAGCAGAAGCUGAGGUCCCUGGAAGGCCUGGUCUCCAAAAUGCUGAGAGGUCUGAACGAGGCUCACGAGAAGACGGUGAGAGACACCCUCGGAGCGCUGCCGAAGAUCCUGAGCCACCACCAGCGGAGGCUCUACGUGGGCUCCCUGUGCGUCCUCGUCGCAAAGAAACUCCGGCCUCUCCUGGAGGACGAACGAGAGCCGGAGCGCUCUCUGGCCGUCCGCCUGUUCGGGGAGCUGCUGCCUUGGGUGAAUGUCCGGCACAAAGCUCAGAUGCGGGAGCGAAUCCUGACACACUUGGUACCCUUCGUCCUCCACCUGUGCGACCCCAGCCAGCAAGUGGUCGAAACCUACAAGUGGACUUUGGCCCGAUGCAAUAACUUUCUGGGCUGGAACCUCGGGUUGGAAAUUUUGACCUUGGCCUAUUGUGACUGCCAGAAAGCCCUGGACAAAAUCUGCAAGAGCCUGAGGUUCAGGGCAGCCCCCUCCCCUUUCUCUCUCCAGGUUCAGUGGUACCCUGACAAGAUCCUGGUUUUCCUGUCUUGUACGCUGGAUUACCUGAAGAGCUCCAAAGCCCCCCUGCGCAGGGCGGCCGGGGUUUUUGCAGGAUUCCUUGCCUUUUACAUGGAUGCCCAGCAGCUGAGCCAGGAAGCCCUGAUCGCCCUUCAGGAGGGCCUCGAUUGCCUGCUGAGCGAUCCGGAGCCCUCCAUUGCCGAGGUGGCCUCCGUCUCCAUCCUGCAGGUGAAGGAGGUCCUUCGGGCGGCUUCGGCCUCUGCCUCGCCCAUCCCCUCAGCCCUGGCACGGAUGUUUUGCUGCCUCCAGCCGGGAGAGAAAGAGAAGCCGCAGUUUGAGGACAGUCCCUACAAGAGGAAGAGGAGUCCGGAGGGCUUCCUCAGCAUCCCCCAAUCCCUCCAUGAAGGAGGCCGGCAGGAGGCUGCUUAAGGCUCCCAAAGUCACGGCCGCCUUCGUUUUGGGGGGAACGUUGUGUGUGUGUCGUGUUAUCCUGGACGUUGCUUCUUAUUCCUUGCGGUGUUUCACGUACAAGCUCCACACAGUUGUUCGGAGCCUCCAAAACUCUAAAUAAACAAACGAACGUUGCGUUUCGGCAGGUUUUUGUACUCGA